CGCAGAAAACUUGCAUUCAGCAGUCGAUUUUAUCAGCGUUUCAAACACGAAGUGGCAAAUCACGUUUGUAAGCCUUUUGCGUCUGAAAUGUUUUUUAACUCUUCCAGUUCCCAAUGCUGUCCAGAGCCUUUUUUUCAUUAUGAAAAAUGCAUGAAAAGCAUUUUCAAGGUACUCAGAUGGACAAAACACUGAACACAGGAUGUUCCUACCAAGUUUGUCACACAUUGCAAUAACCAAUUCACACCUCAGACCUCUCCCAUCAUUGGAAACAAAAGAUAUGUUAAUGCCCAUUCACACCUCAAAUUCCUCAUGA